AUGCCGGCGUCCAAGCCCAAAUGGAAGAAAAUCCUAUAUGCGCCACAGCCGUAUGAGGACAAUUACGUGGACGAAACGUUUCUUGAACAGAUGCGGACAAACGCUAAUGUACGGGAACACGACUAUGGAAGUAUGGUCCGUUCGGCUGCUGCCAUUACGCAGCAGAUUAGCGCCGUCCUGAUCUUCUUUUCAGUGUUUGAGUUUGUCUGUCACGAUGCCGUCUCCGCUGUGGUACUAGGCGGUAUUGAUGUAUUCCUGGCCGUAGCUGGGUUUAUCGUACUUCGUAUUUAUCUUGGUCUACCUCUACACACGCUGGAUACGCUAAACUCGUGUCUUUUAUUCUGUGCUACGCUGUCGCUCUUGUCGCCCGUGCUACGCACGCUUACUAAAUCCUAUGCAGACGACACGAUAUGGGCGUUGGCGACGUUUCUUGGCUUACUACACCUCAUCACGCACGACUACAACUACGUUAACUCUGGCAUUGGCCGCUUUAGCGGCACAAUAUCGCUCAAUGCCGCGGUCUUCACGGCGGUGCUGCUGGGCUCGCGGCUACAGUCGAACGAGCACGUGUUUGCGUUUGUCUUGUUGGCCAUUGAAAUCUUUGCGAUGUUUCCAAUCUUUCAGCGGGAGGUGAAGCGCUACUCUGAGAAGCUACACCUCAUGACGACUGCCGUGCUCUUUGCGCUCUCGUUGGCAUUGACCUGGCAACUCUCGGGACUGCUAAGCGUUGUUUCAGGCGCUUUGGUGCUUUUCCUGGCCUUCGUGUGCCCGCUUUGGUUCAUGCAUGUGCAAGAGUCAAAAAACGAGAUUCUAGGUCCGUGGGAUAUCGCCCACAUCCAGCCAGAGCAGUAA